AUGGAUGUUGCACUUGAAGAAUUUCGUAGGCAUCUAAAGUUCAGGAGGUUUUAUGAUCUUGAUCAUAUUGAUGAACUGAUCGAAGAUAAAACACUGAAACAAUACUUUCCACUAGGCUUAGUCGGUAAAACUGGAAAAGGAAAUCAUCUGCUGGUAGUAGAAUGUGCUGGACGAAUAGACUUACAAGGAAUUCUGAAAUCCAUCCAAAUGAAUGUCUUCUUGGCUCAACGAAUGCGUUUUCAAGAAAAAAUGCUCAGAGAGAUCAACAAAAUGGAGGCAAUCAACAAAACGCAGUGCUCAGUAAUUUACAUCCUGGACCUCGAAGGUCUCAAACUAGAUCCAAAAUUAAUCAGCGUAGUAACUGGCCCUUAUAAAAUUCUUUGGUCAUUAGUAUAUACAAAUUACCCAGAAUGGAUUGAUACGAUGUUCAUUGUCAAUGCCCCAAAGUUCAUUUGGGUUCUCUGGAAGGCAAUAGGACCACUGCUUCCAGAAAGAACUCGCAAUAAAGUCCGAAUUCUAUCAAAAAGUAACUACAUUAAAGACCUAGAAAAGUCUAUUGUUUAUUUCAGAGAUAGACUUAUCAUACCGACAAAUGAAAUCCCUAAAACCCUGUAUUGGCAACCGAGCGAGAGCUCUCCAAAACACACAGACCUCGACAGUGUCGUUUUGGGCGCUGGACAAACAAAAAUAAUUACCUACAAAGUGUAUCCCUAUGAAGGCAGAAUACUUUUCACUUUAAAUAGGUACCGUAACUCAAAGUGGCAUUAUAAGCAAAACCUUAUUAAGCACCAGAGAAACAUACUAAACUUUAGGUAUGCUGAAAGAAACUACUCAAUGGCUGUAUACUACAGUAAAGAUGAAGAUAGCAUAAAUUGGGAUACUAACGAAAUGGACGACUGGAGUCCAGAAUUUGUUUAUCCUUGGAUGCCCACUGUAGAUUUCGCACAGUUUAAGGGACCAGGAUAUGGAAUAUAUAAACUGCAAUUUGGGAAUCCUCAAGUAAACAAACUUUCUCUUGUCACAGUUAUCAAGGCUCUUUGGCUAUAA